AUGGAAAUGUCUGGCGAGAAUCAACAUGAUGAAACCUUUUUAUUUGACGAAAGAGAAGAUGAAUUAGAAGAAUUUGAUAAUCUGGAAAACCUUGAGACACAGAUUGAUCCGGAUGUAAAUGAGUGGGAUGAAGAUUGGGAUGUUACUGGUUGGGAUGAUGAAGAUAUGGAUGACGAGUUUACUAAACAACUUCACAAUGAACUUCAAGAAUUUGAGAAAAUGCAGAAGUUGUCUUCUGAUCAGCUACAGAAGUAG